AUGCCUCUUGAACCUUACGACACAGCAUAUCAUGCAGAGAACAGUAUCAAGCAUCUGUCUUACCAUGCUUACUUGCAAAAGGUAACACCUAAAUCAUCUGCUUCUGCAUCUUCGACGGCUUCUCUACCUCCGCUUUCGCAACUCUCGUACAAAGUCAAAGUUCCGUGUCCCAGCGGUGCCCACUCCACAUGGCCUGCUGGAAUCUGUACAGCAUGUCAGCCGUCAGCGAUCACGUUACAAAGCCAGCCUUUCCGAAUGGUCGAUCACGUUGAGAUCGCUUCGUUCGACGUUAUCGACCGAUUCCUUCAAGGGUGGCGAAAGACAGGUCUUCAGCGAUUUGGCUGGCUUAUCGGGCGUUAUGAACCUUAUGACAAAGUGCCAAUGGGCGUGAAAGCAGUAGUAGAAGCCAUUCACGAACCACCCCAGGAGGGUGAGGUAGAUGGACUAUCGCUAGUCUUACCCUGGGAGGAUGAGCCGCGUAUCAAAGCUUUGACAAAAGACUUUUCGCCGCCUCUCCAGAUCGUGGGCUAUGUCUUCACUGAUUUGGAGGCAAUUCCGGAAGACAGGACAAAAAGCAGAUAUAAACGACAUACACAAUCAUUCUUCUUAUCAUCGCUGGAGGUCAUUUUUGCGGCGCACGUACAAAAUGCCCAUCCGAUCCUAUCGAAAUCCUCACCCACCGGUCUUUUUGCAUCCCGCAUGGUAACGGCUGUUCUAACGGGGACCGUCGAUGGAGGCAUCGAUAUGUCUGCGUAUCAGGUAUCAGAACAGGCAUGUGCGAUGGUGGCAGCGGAUAUGAUUGAAGCGAGUCUCGAACCCGGGAUUAUGCGCGUGAAAGAGGAAGAUCGUAGCGAAGAUACAGCUCGAUAUGUUCCUGACGUGUUCUUCCGUUACAAGAACGAGUAUGGCCUGGAUGUGCAGAAGAGCGCAAAGCCCUGUUUUCCGGUCGAAUACCUUCUGGUCAACGUCACGCAUGGGUUUCCCCAAAAUCCGUCACCACUGUUCCGUUCAACCGCGUUCCCCGUCGAGAACCGGUUUGACGAAUCUCAGGAUGUUCAGAGCAUGCUACGCAUGCUCUCCGAUCUCCGCGCUCCGGAUGUCCAGGAGAGUACAUAUGGCGGGGAUCCCACAUCCCGGAUUGCACUAGCCAGGUGGCUGAGCGACUGGCAUCUGAUUUCAUUUUUGGGCACCACCCAGCUAAUGUCUCCGGAAGAUGUGCAAGUACUCGUUCGAACGGCAACGUCGCCCAAACUGGAUGAUUCCACCGUUUUGGACGCAUUAAUUCGUACCGAUGGCUGGCAAACGUUGAUGACAUUUGCAAGGGAGACUGCCCCUGCUCGCCCGACUUCUGCCGCGCCUUCAGGGCCUACGCACGCAGCAAUGGACGAGGAUAUACCACAGGAUAUUUACGAUCAGAUGGCCCGUGAACAAGCCCAGUCUGGUGGAGGCAACAGUCGACGGAUAGGUGAUGUAGAGGUAGAGGUAGCGGAUAAUUAG